UCUAGAUGGGCUGUAUCUGUGCUGUAGUUUGUCCAUGUUUCUUUCUGUUUCUGCCUUGAUUCUCUGAGAAGACCUUGCCCACGAUUUGCUCCCUUGUUUGGGACCGUCCAUGGAUCUAAUUGCCAGCACCAGUGGAACUAAACUGAGUGGAGAGGUUGUCAGACUCUGGAAACCUCCUCUGGUUGCUUGACUAAUUGAAGAUAUCAAGUGCCAUGAUGACAAUAAUGAACACAAUGAAGAUGAUCACUCUGGCCCACUUAAACAAGCAGCUGAAGACUGUCUGGAGCUCCUCUGCACAGGCAGCGCAACGACUCUGCAGCCUUGUCACCUGCACUCCUAAAAACAGGAAUAAGGCAUUGCAUCCACUUUGGCAGAGCCCUCUCUCCAUUCCCGGGGGCACGCGCCAGUCUCCUAUCAAUAUACAGUGGAGAGAYAGUGUUUACGACCCCUUUCUGAAGCCCCUGAAAAUCAGCUACGACCCCAGCACGUGUCUGCACAUCUGGAACAACGGAUACUCGUUCCUGGUCGAGUUUGAUGAUUCUACUGAUAAAUCAAUUAUCAUGGGAGGUCCCCUGGAAAACCAGUACAGGCUGAAGCAGUUUCACUUCCACUGGGGAGCCAUAAACGAGUGGGGUUCUGAGCACACAGUGGACAGUAAAUUUUACCCAGCAGAGCUGCAUUUAGUACACUGGAAUGCUGUUGUGUACCCAACUUUUGAAGAAGCUGUAAUGGAAGGUAACGGCUUGGCUGUUAUUGGAGUAUUUUUAAAGCUAGGAAAACAUCAUGAAGGACUGCAGACGUUGGUAGAUGCUUUGCCAGCAAUUAAACACAAGGACACGAUUAUUGAGUUUGAUGUCUUCGAUCCUUCAUGUUUGAUACCUUCGUGCCCUGACUAUUGGACCUAUGCAGGCUCCUUAACUACUCCCCCACUUACAGAAUCAGUCACGUGGAUUAUUAAGAAGAAACCAAUAGAGGUUGAUGAAAAUCAGCUGGAGGCAUUUCGGAUGCUGCUCUUUACUUCAGAUGGGGAAGAAGAAAAGAGAAUGGUAGACAACUUUCGCCCUCUGCAGCCGUUAAUGGAUCGAACCGUCCGCUCAUCCUUCCAAAACACCCAUCUCUUGAAUAUUGAAGCACAGCCCAAGGACCAUGCUCAGCAGAUUGGGCCAUAGAUGGCCCAUGAAAUGUCAGUCCAGCUUGCAAUACCUGGAAAUAACUGACAUUGUUUUAUCAUCAUUUUUCCUUCUUUUAUUAUUAUUUUUUUUUUGCAGUAUGUAUAUGCUAUACAAUUUCACAGCCAGCCAUUUUCAGUUCUACUAAGUGCCAUCAAGAAGCGCAUAUUAACUCUUAAGUUUGCUCACUUUAAAACAGAGUUCAUGUUGCCAGGAAUUAUUUUGAAAGUUGAAGGAAAAAGGAGAGGAGAUCUUGUUCCAUGUCUUCUGAAUGAAGUGUUCUGUCUCUUUUCAAAUAUCCUCUCAGUGACUUGAAUAAUCCUGACUGAAAACAAGCAGGAAACAUGAAGAAGUCAGGAGGCUAUCAGGUGCAUUGCUGAACUGGCUUGGGAGGAGAGCUAUCAUCUCAUUAUUUAAGGGGAAAAAAAAAAAAGACUUUAUCUUCUCUCUUUCAUUUUCUUUAAAAGAAGAAGUACCCAAAACUUGCUGUUUAGGAUGACAAGAGGAGAGCGAAAAAUCUCAUUUAUGGUUUCUAGACCUUUUUCAUCAUGUUUGCUGCAUGGUCAAUAUUUGGAAUGGAUCAAACCAUAGAAUGUCUGCUAUGUCUGUAGUACAAGCCAGAAGAUGUUUUCCAAAACCCAACAACAAAUUUAGAAACUUUUAACAGAGAAAAAUAGAAGCUGCCAAAUUUAAUAACAUGUGAGGAGAGUCCAGUAUGUCAAGACUGUGCGACAGCAACAAAUUUGACAAAAUUACCCAUUUGAUCCCAGGAAAUUGAACCCAUCGGAGCAAAACAAAAUUAGCUGAGCCCCAGCUGACCCUGCUGAUGGGGAGCAGGGAAAGUGGACUUCCAAAAGCUAAUCCUGUGCUAGGAGAGUGGACAAAAUGCAGCAUUUGGGUACCCGAAAGAUUUUUUCGAUAGCUUUUAGAGCGCCAGUACAUGUAUGUUUUUCAACGUUUUGCCUAAAGUUGUACUUUUCUUAGAAGAGAAUUACCCAGCUUAAUGGGGAGCAAAUUCCACUACAGCCCCUUAUGGAAAUGAAGUUAAAUGCGGUGGAAUCUUAUUUGGGGACCAGACAAAAUUGCCUUUUAAGAUGCCAGUUGUAGAACUUUCUCUUAGAGUUAUGGUCUAUGCUAGAAUUGGCAUAAGCUUUAUCUACYUCUGAAGCGUACUGCUAGCCAUGACUUUCCCUAGAGUGUAUUUCUCACUGACUUAAUUUAUUGUAUUUAACAGGGUGACUGUGCAUUCAUGUACAAUAUAUGUGAUUGGGUUUUCUGAUGAGGAAUAGGUCUGUAUGUGUAAUGAUGACGUGAUCUUGACUGAUUGUAUUUAAGUGUCUUUUGAGGGAGGCAGAUGUUAAUUGAGAUGCUUCUGCCAGUAGCAAAGUCACCAGUUGCAGGUGUCGUUCAGCACAGGAGAUGCCAGGACACCAACCCRUUGAUGCUAAAUUGACAAAUUUGGGAUUGCUGCUGAAGGUUUUGUUUUUAAGUUCAAGGGUUUCGUUUAAAGGCACUUUAUGACAUUUUGGUGUGACCCUGGCUGUUUCAAGGCUGUGCUGCUUUCGUUUAGCUGCUUGAAGUGCCCCAUUUCUGCCUCGGCUUCCUUCCUAACUCUACCUCAKGCCCCUGCUGUGCUGCAGCAGUUGUGCCUUUUGCCUUCCUGCCUUGACAAUUGGAAAUGUGCCCGCUUACCUUAGAGGGAUCUACUAAAUGGUAAAUAUAAUAUCAUGUUUCUUCUCUCCCGGCUCUGCUUUACUGGGCAGUUUUUUUGACGCUCAGGCUGGCCUGGCAAGAGGAAAAGCAUCCUUGCUUCCUGCUCGAGCGUGCUUGACCUGGAGUCACUGUCAAGUUUCUUUUUAGUACUGUUCUUCCAAACGCUUUUCCGAGGAAAAGAGCAGCAGUGUAUAAAGGGAGCAGCAGUUCAGCUUUACGUAUCUCACAUGUGUCUCACAUCCCUUUGGGAUUGUUUUUCCUACUCCUUAUUAGCCAUUGGGAACCAAUGKGAUGGAAAGUCACCUUAAUGCUGCCUUUGCAUGUAAAAGCACAUGUGACUCAGCAGCUCCCAGCUAGCUAUAGGCAGCCUGCAUCAGCCAAAAUAUUUCAAAGUACUGCAUUAUAAAUCUUCAGGUGGCUACGGAGGAGAAGGUGUCAGUGAGGAGCCAUCUGUUUGCUUUAUUAGUAGAGCAAAACCAUUUGGAGUAAAGAGGAAACGACCUGGCUGAGUUUGGCUCAGUUUUGAAUUACCAGCUAUAAAUACACAUGAACUUUUAAUGUGCUUAAAACUGCAAGCCAGCAUCUCUAAAUUAGUAUAGAAUCGCUUCAUGUAGGGCACUUUUUUUUUCUUAUGGUUAUUCAUUUAAGGUCGAAUGCUCCCCGUCAUAAGCAAAAGGCAUCUUUAAAUAAACUUCAUACUACAGCUCAGAGUAUUUUAGUUGACUUAGUAAUUUUCAUAACAUUUGCUGCACUGAUUUGCAAAUGCAAAAAUAUACAUUUUGUUCUUAGGAAGCUACUGUAGUGUAAAUGUUUAAUCUUCAGGUCUUUUAUAAUAUAUCCAACUGAAUUCCCAUUGAUUAGAUUUGUUCUCCGGAAGAAUUUUUCUUCCCUAAUUGCGUGAGUCUCAGCAUGCUCACUGCCAUGCAGCAGCCGCAAUGAGGUAGAAUAUUUUAGCUCCAGUGAUGUAAUUAAGAUGUAAAAUUCUCAUAUAGAUUUAAUUACUUUGUUAAAGUGCUGUCAUGGAAGUUUUAUUAGAGGACUGUAGAAGUUUUACUAGAGAGCUGUAUUAUCCAGGCGUAUAGUUAAGCUACAUUUUCUGUGUGUGUGUAUAUAUAUAUAUAUAAAAAAAGAAUAUACAGACACAUAAAAUUACUCAUUUUUCAGCUAUUAACUUCAAGUAUCUCAAAACAGGGUCAGCCUUAAACUCUUUAUACUACCAUGCUAGGAAAUAAGCUUUACUGGGCUUUUUGGUUGCAKUUUUUUUUCUUUUUUAGUAUUAUAAUGGCUGUAUUGGCCUUGCAAAAGUUCACUUCAAGAAUAAUAAUUUUACAUGCAUUAGGCAUAUGUGUAAAGUAGGGCAUAAUUCCUAAAUCUUAUUUUUUCAGCCUUUUUCGUGGUAGAGGGGACAAAUGACUAUUUGCUUGUUGGACUUCAGUUAAUAUUUAUAAUGAUUUUGCACAAUUGAGUUAAGUCCUGUUUGCAGAGGUCUGCACACAGGACUCUUGUUUUAGAUGGUACAGGAGGGUCCAAGCAUGCAGUUCUAUUUGCACUUGCAUUAUAAUCACUUUUUUCAUAAAAAAUGUUUUUUUUUCAUAAAAAAUAUAAUCACUUAAUACUCUACUAGGAGGCAUUUCUGCAGCAACCAGUACCAGGGGUUGAAGACUGAGAUGGGAUUCGAUCUGAGCAGAGAAAGGCAAAAUGAGAUGAGAAAGUUUUAGAGGGUAGAGUUGCAUCCACGUUGGUCCAGCUUGGAAUAGAAAUUUCCAAGAGAAUUUCUCGGUGCCUUUAUAGUUAGAAUGGCUUUAUUUGGUGCUGAAUUUUUGGUCCGUGUUCUUGCAUUCCAGAUCUUUCCAACCAGGACAGUCCAGGUAUUCACCAUAUGUACUUAACCAGUCUUUUGCUGUCUGCUGUUGGAGGUGGAUUGCACUGUUAUUUUUACCUUAUAUCAGGUAAUAUAAAUAUAAAAGAGCAUAUGCUUUUGGCUUGGCAAGCUAGAGAAAUGGAGCUUGUUUUGCUCUCAGAAAUCUACUGGAUAUUGGAGUGCUGGAGUUUUACGUGGAUUGCUGGGGAAGAAAAGUCCCUAAUUCUGCUCAGCUUCAUAGUCAAUGGUAUUUGCUUGCAAAGUUUAAUGCUUGCAUUUUGAGAACCUGGACUUGACAUAUCUUUGUUAUUUUUUGUGGUGUGUCUAGUUGUCUUGGCAGUUAUUACAUUGCGUAUUUUAAUGUAYGUUAUUUGCUAAAUACAAGUUACAGAAA